CCGGGCGGCGCGGCGCAGGCGCAGGCGCACCACGGCGCCGCGGGCCGCGACAAGCGCACGCGCUGGUUCAUGGCGCUCUUCGACUACGACCCCGCCAAGGACUCGCCCAACCCCGACGCCUGCGAGGAGGAGCUCACCUUCAACCAGGGCGACACCAUCAAGGUGUACGGGGAGAAGGACGCGGACGGCUUCUACUGGGGCGAGCUGCGCGGCCGGCGCGGCUACGUGCCGCACAACAUGGUGAUGGAGGUGCAGGAGGGCGCGGGAGGCGGCGCGGGAGGCGGCGCGGGCGGGCGCGGCCACGAGGGAGCGGCGCGCGGCGGGCCGCACGCCACUCGCGACCGCUGGGGAGACAUCUACGCCAACAUGCCCGUGGAGUUGUCCUUCAACACGGGGAACAUCAUCUACGUGUACGGCGAGAUGGACGACGAUGGUUUCUACAUGGGCGAGCUGGACGGCAUGCGCGGGCUCGUGCCCUCCAACUUCCUAACGGAAGCGCCGCCCGACUACGAGUACGAGGGCGGUGGGCGGGGCGGCCGAGGGGGCCGCGGCCCCUCUGGGGCGGCAGGCCCCGGCGCACGCGGCCCCCCUCCGCCCCCGCGUGACGGCCGCAUGGACCCCCGCGCCAUGGACCGGAGGAAAGAUGCCUGCCAAGCCCCAAAUCAGUUAGACUAUAGAGGUGACUCCAUGGCACAGGGUCCGGGGGGACUGAGAAUGAGAGGCGGGCAACGGGGCGACAGGAGAAGUGGUAGCGGUCGCCCACCCACCGACCUGCCCCCACACAUGGACCAGCAAGCCCAGGCAACAGCAACAACAACAACCAAGCAAGCCAUUGAAGGGUAUUCCAAGUGUGGUCCCAGAUUUUGUGAUUCCAAACAACAAAGAGUCACCAACAGCUCCCGGACCCACACAAAGCACAUCCAAGUUUCCCGAUGCACCGAACCUCAUGCAGAAGUUCUCGGAGAUAACCGGCGGAGCAGACACAUCAGUCGACAACAUCAUCUCCAAAGGCAAGGAACUAAUAUUCAUGAAGUUCGGUUUGGGAAAGUAGAAUGUGUAACUCUGGACCAAAAUGGUAAUGCUACUAGCGGCAGCUUCUCAGCUCGUCGUGACAAGCUGUUCUUGCCACUGGGAUGAACUGGAUAUGGAAACCUUCUUAAGUGUUUACCACAGUGGGUGGAUGAUAGUGACCAGUGUUGUCAUGUUCCAAUGUUCAGAACUACUGUUUGCACCUAUGGAGGGUAGAAAACAGAUCAUUAAAUUUUGCCUUUGCAGAUUGCACAGUUACAAAAUAUGAUACAUUAUUUUCAGUACAUGUAACCUGUUUUUUUAUGUCCAAUAAGACUUGUGAAAACUAUACUUCAACUUCAGUAACUGGUUCUUUCUUCAACUUUUCUGAACUGAGUGUUUAUAUUGCUUAAGCAUGUUACAAUGCAACUUUUAUACUCCUUCAAAUGAGCUGAAAUUGUUACAAGCCUCUUCAUAUUCUAAUCUAUUAUAAACCAGGCCAGUUAAAUAAGUUGAGGUAUAUUGUUUACACACAUAAUUUCAAGUCGAUUGAAGUUAGAAUAAUGAAAAUUCAAAAUUCAUUUUGUUGAUUCUCUUCUUAACCUGAGAAUUUGGUAGAAUUAAUAUACAUUUCAUUUCAGACCCUCCAAGUGCAUGGUACAGUGCAUGUAGAAAACAUUCUCUUCCUAUGUGCCACAUAUUGUAAAAGCAAGUAUGCCUCAUAUCUUUUGCAAAAUAAUGAAACAAUUCAGUGCUCUGUGUAUGGUUGUGUGUCAUUUGUAGACUGCAGUGCUGAACUCUGGGAAUGAUCUGUCAUAAUUGUGAUCUGAAAGAAUUUAUCUUCAGGUCUGGUUAAAUAGUGGUUAUUACAAUGACAUCAAGAAAAUGUUUUUAAA